AAUACAAACCAGGAAGCGAAUGGCGGAAGUUUAGAUCCACCUCACGCUUUCAGCUUCAAUUUUUGAGGCAGAGCUGUUUUUUUCUGCUGAAUGAAGAGGUCAGCCGAGUAGACAGCAGAUGCCUUCAGCUAAAAACGGUGGACGGUUUUGAAGAAACGAUGUCGUCGCGCUUAACUACCGGGCGGGAUCGAUGAAGUGACUGGUGCUGAGAGUGUCCUGUCACUGACAGCCUGCUACCAGAUUAAACACCGACUUAUGGCCCUGCUCCUCAGCUAACCGAGGGAGACGACGCUACGAGACGACGACACAAGCAUCAUGUUCCUGAAAACAUCUUUCACCACCCUGAUCGUGGGGGUGUUUGUGGUGUACGUGCUUCAUACCUGCUGGGUGAUGUACGGGAUAGUGUACACUAAACCCUGCGACAGCCCCAAAGGUGACAACUGUAUCACGCCCUUCCUGGCAGAGAACCCGAAACUAGAGUUGAGUAUCUACACUGCACUUCGGCAAAAUGCAGAGGGAGGGCAUACUUUAAUCCACAAAGAGGAAAAUUUUGAUGUCAACAACAAGUUUGAGAGGAUAGUAAAUGUCUCUCUCCCUAAGAAGACCCGCAACAAUGGAACUCUAUAUGCACUAAUAUUUGUCCAUGAAGCUGGUGUCACUCCGUGGCAGGAUCCGCAUCAGGUCCAUUGGGUGGCUCAGCUCACCACAUACAUGGUCCCUAAACCGCCGGAAAUCUCCUUGAUAUCUGGAGAGGAUCAAACGCAGGGUCAGAAAGAAGAAGCCCAGCAGAAGAAACGUGAUGGUAACCCCGCGGCAGGAGGAGCAGCUGGUCCCACUUCCACGUCAGAUCACCCAGUUUCCCACUGGCGCACUCGCCUGACACUCAACAUUGUCAGCGACCACUUCAUGUUCGACAGAGAAUACCUUCCAAGUGAUGUCCACACCUACCUCAGAGUAUUCAAAAAUGGUAAAAAGGUGGUUUAUCUACCGCUGCUGUUUGUUGAUCAACUCAGUAACCGGGUGAAGGACCUUGUGGAGAUCAACAGCACCUCCAUGGAGCUUCCUCUGACCAUCUCCUACGACUCCAUCUCUCUGGGGAGGCUGCGAUUUUGGAUCCACAUGCAAGAAGCUGUUCUCUCUCUGCAGCAGUUCGGGUUCACAGAAAAGGAUGCUGAUGAGAUUAAAGGAAUCUUUGUGGACACCAACUUGUACUUCCUGGCUCUGACCUUCUUUGUAGCUGCCUUCCAUCUCCUCUUUGACUUCCUGGCGUUUAAGAACGACAUCAGCUUCUGGAAGCAGAAGAAAAGCAUGGUGGGAAUGUCCAGCAAAGCAGUGCUGUGGCGAUGUUUCAGCACCAUCGUGAUUUUCCUCUAUCUGUUUGACGAGCAGACCAGCCUGCUCGUGCUCAUACCUGCUGGCAUCGGCUCCAUCAUCGAAGUAUGGAAAGUGAAGAAGGCCUUUAAGAUUCAGGUUUUCUGGAAAGGAGGCAAACCAACAUUCUUGUUUGGGAAAUUAGAUGAAUCAGAGAGGAGAACAGAAGAGUACGAUACCCUGGCCAUGAAGUAUCUCUCAUACCUCCUUUACCCGUUGUGUAUUGGAGGGGCUGUGUAUGCUCUAAUAUUCCUUCGAUAUAAGAGCUGGUACUCGUGGCUGAUCAACAGCUUGGUUAAUGGUGUAUAUGCAUUUGGCUUCCUCUUCAUGCUUCCUCAACUGUUCGUCAACUAUAAGCUGAAAUCUGUGGCCCACCUGCCCUGGAAAGCCUUUAUGUACAAGGCAUUUAAUACCUUCAUCGAUGAUGUGUUCGCCUUCAUCAUCACCAUGCCAACAUCCCACAGACUGGCCUGUUUCAGGGACGAUGUGGUGUUUCUAAUUUACCUCUACCAGAGAUGGCUCUAUCCAGUGGAUAAAACAAGAGUUAAUGAAUAUGGAGUUUCUUACGACGAAAAACCCAAAGGAAAGAGUCACAAGGACUAGUGAGGAGAGAAGAGUUUAUUGGCAUCCAUGAUCUGGUAUCUGCGGGUUUUGUCUUCAGUCCACUGGUAUCCGCUAGUUGGUGUUGGUUAUCUGGUAUCAACAGAGCUGGUUUAAUGGUCCAGAGUCAACGGUCAGUUAGUUGACCAAGUGCAUCAACGUGUUUGUGGUUUUUGACUUUCCACUUCGUCCCAUAGUGCAGUGCAAGUGUUGAAAGAUCGACGUGUGCUUAUCAGCCUUUUGGAAGGGUUUAUUUGUUUGUUUUACAGCGUGUGAUGGGACAGGAAGAUCUUUAACCUCUAGCCUAUUCAAUGUGAUGCAACAACCUGGGAAAAAAAUCUCACCGGUGUGAAUGACCGGAACCGCGCUCACAGGACACUACUCAGCCUCGGUAUGAAAGAGUACACCGAUGACUACAGUAUCUCUCCUAUAGUCGAUAUUGUAAGCAUUAAUUCUGCUUUUCCUCUUUUUCAAAUAUGUCAAUCCACAAAGCCAGUCACAUUCCUUUUCUAUUGGAACAGCUUUAUACUGUUAAUAUCUACCUUAAUUUCCAGCUUGGCACGUCUGCAAACACUGGUUAGGUUGCUGCAAGAGUAAAUUUUGAUUUAUUACAUUGGGUGGGACUCCCAUUUCAAGCUGAAGCCGCCUCUUGAGGAUCACUGUAAAUAUUUUGUUUUCAGAAUUUUUCAUUGCAAUGUAAAAAAAAAAAACCCUCAUUAUUAUCAUUCUUUAAAAAAAAACAUGUCUAUCAUAUAUUCAUAUUCCAUAAGUGCAAAACCUGAUACACCGGAGCUUUUAACAACAAUCACAGUUUCUACAUUGUAAGUGGAUGUAAUGUUAGCUCAGUUAACUAUUCCUCACGCAGAAUUUGAGAGCUUAUAUGUAAUUGCACUCAUUAUGUUUUAAUAUUGCUCAGUGAAAAGGCUGUUAACAAUUUGCCCCUAAGAAAGUGUCAAUGAGUAGACAAUUUUUUAUCCCAAAUUAUCAUGUAGACAGAGCUAACAUGUUUAAAGUCUGGGACCAAAUUCUAGAAUGACGGACUCCAUUUAACCUUCCUGUUACAGUGACAAUAUACAUGCUUAUAAUGACUGAGGGCACUUAAAAAGUAAAAAUAAUUAGUCAAAUUUAAAAUAGACCUACGUCACUAACUUGUAGAGAUGUGCUAAUGUACUUUCCACCUAGGUACAAAGUGUGUACUUUUAUCAAUGAAAGCCACACUGUCGUUUUCGUCCACUCUUGUUUUGCAGUUUUACCUGCUCAAGUAUUUUUUACAUAUCAGGGCCAAGAAAAUAUGAUUGUGCCAAAUAUGAGAACGGUUCUUUAAACUGUUUGUGAGCUUUGUAUGUCCACCAUAAACUGUCCAUCUGAUGUUUUUAAAUAGACACUGACAUUGUAAGGGAAACCGUAAAUUGUAAGACUUGAGGAAAGUAUUACUACAUUUGGAUUUACAGUCACAUUUUGAUUUUUUUGGCCCUAGUUUUAACGUUAUGAUUAUUUUUCCUUUGUUUCUAUGUUGUUGAUGUUUUUUUUAAUAGAAAGAUAAUGGAUAUAUUAGAUCAAACACAGUUUUUUUUUCCUGUGUAAAUGGGGCCAGGAGAGAUUUGCCAGAAAAUUGCCUUGAAAUACCUAUUGUUAUGUUUGUGUUUUUGAUUGUGAAUUAAUAAAAUUGCUGACUGAA